AUUUGUAGUGAAAAGCAAGGAGAAGGAAAAACGCGAAAGCUUUCCCCCUGCUCACCACCUGCUGGCUGCUGCUACAGUGCUACUGCCAUUACGCCACCACACGAGCUUGCGCGGCGACUCGGCGGCGGUGGACGAAGCGGGACGCCAUGGACUCCCGCCAGGGCCAGCAGCCCAACUACAAGAUUUAUAUUAGGAUGAUGAAAACAGUUCUGCUUGACGUGAAGUCCACUGAUACCAUAGAUCAGAUUAAGUCUAAGAUUGGUGCUUUAGAGGGGAUUGACAAUAGCCAGCAAGAGCUCUUUUUUGCUGGAAGUCAUUUGGAGAAGGACAACAGACUUGCUGAUUACAACAUCAUGACAAACUCUUGUGUCGACCUUUAUGUAACUGAUGGGAUGCAGAUCUCUGUCAGUAUCCCCUCUGUUUGGAAGACCAUCAAGCUCAAUGUGAUGAAAUCCCAGAGUGUUGCUGAUGUCAAGGCGAUGAUCGAACAGAUGGGGGGAAUUCCUCUGGAUGAACAAAUCCUGAUGCAUGGAUGCCAAAAGCUUGAGGACAACAAGUUGUUGAGUCAGUGUGGCUUGAGCAAUGGCCACACCCUGCAUGUUUUGGUCCGCCCCACCGACAGGCUGCAUAUCUCCGUGGAUGUUGAUGGUGAAGAAACUCUGAAUCUGGAUGUCAAAAGCUGGUAUACUGUUGCUGAUGUCAAGUUGAUGAUCGACACCUUGGAGGGUUUACCUGCAAGAACACAGAUACUCAUGCACACUCAACCUGGUGGCGCUAACACAGUACUCAAAGACAUUGAAACACUGCAGAAUCAAGGCAUCAAGAACAACGACAUUGUCGCUCUGUAUCAUAAAGUCAACUUCUUCGUCAAGACAUAUGAGGGGAGGAAUCUAGUGUUAUCAAUGAGGACUUGUGACACUGCAGAGGAAAUCAUGAAGGUGAUUGAAGAAAAGCUUAAGGUCAACACAGGUGUUUACUACCUGCACUACAGGGGGCGUGUUCUGGCUCUUGGGGAUACUCUUCGGAAGCACAAGAUCGAGAACAAUUGCACGGUCGAUGUCCGCCUUCGGAAUUCACAUGUAACGAAGUGAAACAAAAGGGGGUGCCUUGGGUCUUCUGGGUGCUAGACCAUGGGGCAAAACUUAAAAAGUUGCUUAGCCUCAGAGAGAACUAUAGCUUUUGCCAUUUUGCGGUCGUGGUUAGUUAGUGGAUGUUUGUGGCUCUUGACUGGGUAAGGUCUUUUGUUACCUGUCUGGUGGUUGCACCUGCGUAACCUCUCAAGCAUGCAUUGCCUGUCUGAUGGCUGUACUUGUGUAACCUCUCAAGAACGGUGUCUGUCUGGUGACUGGUGGUAAAAAUACAGUUCUGUUAUAUGGUUC